AUGAAGAAUUUUCAGGUCAAUCGAGAUGAUUUGCUAAAUGUAGACGACAAAAAUUGGAACACCAUAGUUUGCAGAAGAUGUGGCGCGGUUAUAUUUCCAGAAGAUCGUGUGAAGUAUGUAGAAGAUUACACCGUUGAACUGCCGGAAAUGAUCCCAGGUGGUAGAGGAUCAACAAACAAGGAGAGGAUUUCAUGGUGGUGGCAUACAAAGAAUGAUAAGGACUUUGAUACCAUUGGUUUCUUUUGGGACGUAAUCGAUAACAAGAUGACGUUGCUUUGCGGCGAUUGUGAAUUUGGCCCGAUAGGACUGCGCACAAUGGACGACAAAGAGUUCUGGAUUGCUGUUGAGCGAGUUCGUUACGAGGAUAGACCCAGGAAAGAUCCAAAGGCACGACCAAAAAAAGCCAAGAAACAAAAGUGA